AUGGCACUUGUGAUGUCUGAUGAUCCCGCAAACUUCGAGGAUGCAGUAGGAAGUGAGAAGUGGAGAAAGGCCAUGGAUGCAGAAAUUAAGUCCAUUGAGAAGAACAACACAUGGAAACUGGUUAAGCUGCCUGCACGAGCUAAAAGGAUAGGAGUAAAAUGGAUUUUCAAAACUAAAUACAAUGAGGCAGGGGAUAUUGACAAGUACAAGGCUCGGUCGGUAGCAAAAGGCUACUCGCAGAGGCAAGGAGUGGAUUUUACAGAAGUUUAUGCUCUGAUGGCUCGAAUGGAUACAAUUAGAGUGAUGCUUGCUUUGGUUGCACAGAGAGGCUAG